AUGGCGCAGAACGUUUUUGGCUUCAGCCUGGGUGUGGGCGUGAACAGCGCGCUGAACACGCUGGUCUCACAGAGCCGAGGCGCGGGGCGCCUGGACCUCUGCCGCCUCUCCCUGCAACAAGCGCAGGUCUUGUGCUUCCUGGUGGCGGUGCCCAGCAUGUUUUUCAUGUGGAAUGCCGGGGGCUUCUUCCGCCUGGUGGGCAUCAACCCCCGCACGGCCCAGGACGCUGGGGAGUUUGUGCAGGGCGCCGUCUUCGUGACGCCUUUUCACUUCUUGGCAUGCGCCACCAGGUCGUUCCUGCGGGCGCUGAAGCUGCCGAGGCCCGUCUUUUACGUGAGUGCGCUAGUGGCUCUGUGCCAUCCCAUCUGGUGCUACAUCCUGGUGCACUGCCUCAAGCAGGGCGCCUUCGGCGCGGGGCUUUGCGUGACGGUCUCCAACUCGCUGAACUUUCUGCUUCUCACCACGUAUGUGGCCAUCUUCCAGCCGGGUGAUUCCAAGAACGCCUGGUGCGUUCUGCCCUGGGACCUGUGCCGAGAAGUUGCCACUUUUCGCCGGCCGGCGCCGGCGCCGAGCGACUGCGCUUCGCCGUCCGGCGACUUGGCGGAGCAGAGCUUCCGCGCGUAUCUGCGAGUGGCGGUGCCCUCAGCGCUGCUGCUGUGGUCGGAGUGGUGGGUCUACGAGGCCAUGGCUCUGCUGGCAGGCCUGUGCGGGAAGACGGGGCUGGCGGCGCACACGGCCACCAGCAACACGCUCUCCGUGAUCUUCAUGGUGCCCUCGGGCCUGGGAAGCGCGACUAGCGCCAUGGUGGGCCACGCCAUCGGCGAAGGCAGCAGCGAUGCGGCCAGGGCUGUGCUGCGGGCGGCGUGUCAGGUGAUGCUGGGCCUGUGCCUGCCAAUGUGGCUGGCGGUGCAGCUGGGCCGCUCGUGGGUGGCGCGGUUGUACAGCUCCGACCCGGAAGUCGUGGCCACCAUGGAGGCGCUCUUCGUGGUGCUAGGGGUUUUCCAACUCUUCGAUGGGCUGCAGACGGUGCUGGAGGGGGGCCUGAUUGGCCUCGGCCUGCAGCGCCCGGCGAGCCGCGUGAAGCUGGGGACCAUGGUGCUGGUGCGCCUGCUGGGCGCCUACGUUCUUUCCCAGCCUCUACAUUGGGGCGUGAUGGGCAUUUGGGUUGCCGGCACUGCUGGCAUGGUAGUGACCGUGGCCCUGUACCUGCGCCUGGUGAAGAACUGCAACCUGGAGCUCCUGGCCAACUCAGUCCAGCAGGAGCUGGUGCCCGCGUGA